ACUGGCUGAUGUGAUUCAGGCAUUCACAGCCAUAUUGGCCGGCAUCGGUAUUGCUUUUUACUACGGCCCCAAGAUGGCACCGGUCGGCAUUCUAACUGCAAUGAUACUGAUGCUAUUGCAGACCAUCGUAGCGCAGUACCUUAAAAGACGCUCCGUGAAGGACGAUAAGUUAACGCACGAACCGUACAGAUACUUCUACGAUGCAUUCAAUCGGCAAAUGCGUAAGCCUCAUCGAAAAGCCCUCCAACGUGGCAUGGUCCAGGGAUUCUCGUUUGCGCUCCACGCCUGCUUUAUCUUCUACAAUUUUGCUGCCGCAUACCGUUAUGGCUUAUGGCUUAUCAAAACCAGAAAUUCCGACCCAUAUCAAGUUUUCCAGGUUGUUGAAGCGCUAAAUGUAGCAUCGAUGAGUUUGCUGGCAUUCGGGAUGUACUUUCCGGAAUAUGUUCGAGCCCGGUUGAGCGCCAGUUUGAUUUUUAAAAUGCUGGAUGAAAAACCGAAGAUUAACAGCUUGUCAGACAAAGGAAUGAAAUUGAAACUAGAAGGCAAUGUCAGCAUGGUGGAUGUGCUUUUCGCAUACCCGGUAAAUCAGAGACGACUAAUAUUAAAAGGAUUCAAUAUCAAAGCGUUGAGAGGAAAAACGGUAGCAUUGGUUGGUCCGAGUGGUUGCGGCAAAUCAACUGUUGUUCAGCUUAUCGAAAGAUUUUAUGAUCCGUUGGAUGGGAAAAUUAUGCACAACAACUUGGACACUCGUCAAAUAAACCUGCCAAAUUUGCGAAGCCAAAUGGCGCUGGUAAGCCAGGAGCCAAUUCUGUUCAAUUAUUCGGUGCGUGAAAAUAUCGCCUACGGCCUGAGUAACGUAUCGCAACAACGGAUCGAAGAAGCAGCGAAGCUUGCGAAUGCUCAUACAUUCAUCAUGGAAAUGAGCGAAGUAGUACAGGAGGCGUUGGAUCGUGCUUGCAGCGGUCGUACCUGUAUUGUCAUAGCUCAUCGUUUAUCUACCAUUCAGAAUGCCGAUCAAAUUGUAGUAAUCAAAGAUGGUACUGUGGCUGAGGCGGGCACUCAUCAGGAACUACUGCAAAUGAAAGGACUCUAUGCUAAACUUACCGAAAUGCAAAAUCUUAGUUAAGU